CCCCACGUGUGCGCUCCAGCUGAUCGCCACUCACAUUCGAAUUGUUCGAUCUCCCGUGCCGCACUGAUCUCUGUUCCUAUUCACCUAGCAUCAUCCUGUCUUCGGCGCACUUUCGAGCGCGCUGUUUCCAACAGACUCUGAGGAUGAGAAGACCACUCAUCUCCUCUAUGAAAGUUCAUGCGCAUCUUCACUCUCAACAUGCCCGUACACACGAUUGGAGACCCAGAGUACACCGACUUCGUGGACAUGUUAGGAGAGGACUGGUCCGGCAAACGCCAAGCUCUUCAUCUCAUCAAUCAAAUCGGGAGCAUCACCGAUGCCAUCGACUUUCUUUUUCCCCCGCACGUUCUACUGGAUCCAAUGACAUGCAUUCAACGACAUCAUGCUCGAAGCGCUGCCUGGAGAUUUCGGUGCCCUCAGACCGGUGAGAUGCAUUGCCUGUCUCGCAUCACUUUCAAGCCUCCGCGGAGCACCUGGACAGUCAACCAAAAAAAGUUUCCUCUCAGACCGGCAUACGCGACCACGUUCAACGGAUGUCAAGGUCUGACGUUGCAGAAAGCAGUACUAGACCUGCGCACGGACUCCUUCGCGCACGGACAACUAUACACGGCAUUGUCGAGAGUGAGAUGUCGUCGUGACAUUCGCGCGCUAUUUGCAGAGACUGAGGAUGAAAAGACGACGGCGAACGUAGUGUAUAAGCAUCUGUUACUAUGAUUGAGGUUGAACUACGUCUGAAGGCGAUCGGAGCGCUUGUGACGUAUAAGACAUAGACUGGGAAAAGGUCGGUCCACAGAAAUUUGGCGCAUUGGUUUUGGGAGAGCUGACUGGUAAUAUUCAAAAGUCCUCAGUUAUGGUGUAUUUAACUUAUCCUAUUCAUAUACACUUGAUACACCAACUGCCGUUUUCCAGCGCCUCCUCGGAAAAAAAAAUCUUGAUCAGGCGAGGAUCAGCCUGUGCGAAACUUAACAUUUAUCUGGUUAUAACGCAGCAUCCUAUUUUAAAAGCUUCGGUGGGAGGAGCGAUCAAUGCGGAUGGAGAGGUCUACUG